UGUGUGUGUGUGUGUGUGUGUUUUAUGAGUGACAACCAGCAACCAAAAAGGAAGGAAGAAGUAUGCAGUAAAUAUUGUGUGGUGGAGUGAAGGAAAGCAGCUCAUUGAAGCAUAAUACACAGUGAGUAUUACUAGGUUGCAAAUUUACAUUUGUUUUUUUCAAGCCACGUAGCCUGGGUGCUUUUUAGGCCAUAUGAUUUGCACAAUUGUGAGGCUGUUCUGUUAUUGGCUUUCAAGAGGUCGUAAAAGAAAUGUGGUUAUCCAUAAACCCAGGACAGGAAGAAAGGCAAGGGUUAUUGAGUGUUGGUGAUCGAUGAGACACACAGGAAAAGUGAUAUGUUCCUUUUGGAUUAACAGCGAUCAUGGCACACUAUGAGAAUAGGAUUAAGAAAAUGCUCCCCAAGGCAUAUCUUCGUGAAUAUGUGUCCCAUGAAAUAUGCCUUGCAUUGACUCACUUCAAAAACCUUGAGCCUAUAAUGGAUACAUAUGUUUACAAUGAUGGAACCACAAAGGACUUGAUGAGUCUGAGCGGUACAAUCCCUAUCAUGUUUAAUGAUACGUCUUACAACAUCCCGGUGUGCCUGUGGAUUGAGGAAACCUAUCCACAAACUGCUCCCAUUUGCUAUGUCAGACCUACGCAAGAGAUGAUGCUCAUCAAAGGAAAUUAUAUCUCCGGCAAUGGUGAAAUUCUGCUGCCUUACCUGGAGGAGUGGCAAAAUGGAGAAUGUGACCUCACAAGCCUCAUACAGGUGAUGGCUGCCACGUUUGGAGAUUUCCCUCCAGUCUGUAUACAGCCUAAUCCAGAGCCUGAGCAAGCUUCUUGUGGGCUGCAGUUUCACACACAAACAGAUGGGCUUUCAAAGACAGAUGGAAGUUCAUAUCUGUAUUUAGUCGGAGAAGAUGGCAAGCCUCUUCAUCAAGCAAAUGAAACAAACUCUGCAGACCUGAAGUCCCAAGAUGCCAACUGCAAAAUGCUGCAAUCAAGAAAAUGUUUGUAA